CAAACCGUGGGCAGAUGUGCGAGGACAAUGACUGGCGUCUGAGCGGUGGCGUCCCAUCGCGAGGAGCUCGAGAGGACACGCUACCCGACGUCCAGCCGCACUGCGAGGCAGACGCUGGAAGCUUGAGCGCCAAGGUGGAGCAAACGACAUCGGGGGCGCCGGUGGGCGAGGGGCUGGCGAAGCAGGAGGCGCCAGUGGUCGAGGGACUAAUGAUGCAGGGGGCGCCGGUGAUCGAGGGACCGGGGACACAGGAGGCGCCGGUGGUUGAGGACCUGGGACAACAGGAGGUGCCGGUGAUCGAGGGACCAGCGACAGUUUCAAGUGACCCCGCCGCGGGGCAGCGUCGUGCAGUACCGUCCGCGCCAGCGGGGACGGCCGCGGGGGCGGCGCAGCACGCGGAAAUCCGCUGCGGCCACUAA